ACCGUUCCUUGAUUAAUUCUCUAGUUACGUUUUUUCCCCCAAACAUUAAAAAGAAAAAGCUAGGGUUUCAGUCUUCCGCAUCUCAGUCAUGGCGUCGAACACUCCAAAUCUGGAGUGUAGAAUGUACGAAGCUCGGUAUCCAGAGGUAGAUAUGGCAGUAAUGAUUCAAGUGAAGAACAUAGCAGAUAUGGGUGCCUAUGUCUCCCUCCUCGAAUACAAUAACAUCGAAGGUAUGAUUUUAUUCAGUGAGCUUUCACGAAGACGUAUUCGAAGUGUUAGUAGUUUGAUCAAAGUUGGAAGACAAGAACCAGUUAUGGUACUUAGGGUUGAUAAAGAGAAAGGUUAUAUUGAUUUGAGUAAAAGAAGAGUUGCUGAAGAAGAUAUUGCUACUUGUGAAGAAAGAUAUAAUAAGAGUAAACUUGUUCAUUCUAUCAUGAGGCAUGUUGCUGAGACUAUGCAACUCGAUUUGGAGGAGCUGUAUAUCCAUGUUGGCUGGCCUCUAUAUCGAAAAUAUGGGCACGCGUUUGAGGCCUUCAAGUUAAUCGUUGCUGAUCCUGAUACCAUUCUCGAUUCCCUCACACGUGAAGUUAAAGAAGCUGGCCCCGAUGGAAAAGAGGUGACUAAAGUGGUACCUGCUCUGACAGAGGAGGUUAAAGAUGCUUUGAUUAAGAACAUCAAAAGGCGUAUGACUCCUCAGCCAAUGAAAAUUCGUGCAGAUAUUGAAAUGAAAUGCUUUCAGUUUGACGGGGUUCUCCAUAUCAAGGAAGCAAUGAGGAAAGCUGAAGCUACUGGUAAUGAUGACUGUCCAGUUAAAAUUAAACUGGUGGCACCUCCUCUCUAUGUUCUGACGACUCAGACUCUUGACAAGGAGCAAGGGAUACAGGUUCUUACUAAUGCAAUCCAAGCUUGCACUGAAGUGAUAGAUGGCCACAAGGGGAAACUGGUAGUAAAGGAGGCACCAAGAGCGGUGAGCGAGCGUGAUGAUAACCUACUUGCCCAACAUAUGAAACAACUUAAUGAAUCAAACGCAGAUGUUGAUGGUGAUGACGAUAGUGAAGAGGAAGAUACUGGGAUGGGAGAUAUCGACAUUGAUGGACCUUCAGGUGUCCAUGAGUAGUAAAGCCAGUGCUAAACAAAACCACCCAUUUAAAACCCUUCUCUUAGUUUUUAAAGACUGUUAGAUAACAAGAGCAGCUGUAUAAAAUCAGCCAACUACAUCAUGUAAAUUGUUCUUUAUUACUUCUGUUUUCGUUUUCUGACAUAUUCUUCAAUCGACAGUUUGAAAUGAUGCGUUUCCCUCUAGGUACUGUGUACUUGGAUGCGCUUAUUUCAACUGCCUGAACAUGAGCACCUCAACAGACCCUUCUUUGCAUGUUUGGUCUUUUAA